AUGGCGUGGUCUCCAGAAGAGGCCGGACUGCGCCAGAUUUUACAGCUAUUGAAAGAAUCUCAAUCGCCUGAUACAGCUACACAGCGAGCAGUUCAACAAAAACUCGAGGAAUUGAACACCUAUCCAGAUUUUAAUAAUUAUCUUAUCUUCGUGCUAACUAAAUUAAAAUCUGAAGAUGAUCCAACACGAUCAUUGAGCGGCCUCAUUCUUAAGAACAAUGUGAGAGCACAUUUUGAAAAAUUCCCAGCAGAAGUUACAAACUUUAUCAAGUCAGAAUGCUUACAGAGUAUUGGCGAUUCUUCUCCUUUAAUUCGGGCCACUAUAGGUAUACUAAUCACGACUAUUGUGGCCAAGGGGGAACUUCGUAACUGGCCAGAGUUGCUACCAAGUCUCUGUCAGUGUCUGGAUUCAGAAGAUUACAGUGUUUGUGAGGGUGCUUUUGGGGCAAUGCAAAAAAUCUGUGAAGAUUCAGCUGAAGCUCUGGAUAGUGAUGUUGUCAACAGACCAUUAAAUAUACUCAUCCCCAAAUUCUUACAGUUCUUCAAGCACAACAGUGCAAAGAUUCGUUCUCAUGCUAUUGCUUGUGUCAACCAGUUCAUAAUAAGCCGUACACAAGCAUUGAUGGUGCACAUUGAUUCUUUUAUUGAGAAUCUCUUCUAUUUGGCCAGUGAUGAAGAUACUGAAGUGCGUAAAAACGUGUGCCGUGCUUUAGUGAUGCUUGUUGAAGUGAGAAUGGAUAGACUUAUUCCUCACAUCAAUGACAUUAUUGGUUAUAUGAUGCUACGUACUCAAGAUGAUGAUGAUGCUGUUUCCUUGGAAGCAUGUGAAUUCUGGUUAUCCCUGGCAGAACAACCCAUUUGCAAGGAAGUUUUAGCACCACACAUUGUACGUUUAGUGCCAAUAUUGGUGAAAGGAAUGAAAUAUUCAGAAAUUGACAUUAUUCUUCUGAAGGGAGAUGUUGAAGAAGAUGCAACCGUUCCAGAUAAAGAAUCUGAUAUAAAGCCAAGAUUUCACAGAUCCAGGACACACAGUCAAAAGCAUCAAGAGGGUGAGGAGGAUGGUGAAUAUUCUGAUGAAGGAUUUGAUGAUGACGAUAGCUUAUCAGAUUGGAAUUUGCGUAAAUGUUCUGCUGCUGCCCUGGACGUGCUUGCAAAUGUAUUCCGUGAUGAACUGCUGCCAAUCUUAUUACCGAUAUUGAAAGAAACGCUGUUCCAUGAAGACUGGGAUAUCAAAGAGUCAGGAAUUCUGGUACUGGGUGCAAUUGCUGAAGGCUGUAUGAAUGGAAUGGUACCUCACCUUCCAGAACUUAUUCCCUACUUGAUCAAUUGUCUUGCAGACAAGAAAGCCCUGGUCCGCUCUAUUACUUGUUGGACUCUAAGCCGUUAUGCCCAUUGGGUAGUUGGACAGCCGCAUGAACUCUACCUGAAGCCUCUUAUGACAGAGUUGUUAAAAUGUGUUCUUGAUACAAAUAAGCGUGUCCAGGAGGCUGCAUGUUCAGCAUUUGCUACUCUAGAAGAAGAAGCUUGCACUGAACUUGUUCCAUAUUUGGGUUAUAUUUUGGAAACCUUGGUUUAUGCUUUCAAUAAAUAUCAGCACAAGAAUUUGCUGAUCCUUUAUGAUGCAAUUGGGACUUUGGCUGAUUCUGUUGGGCAUCAUUUGAACAAACCUGAAUAUGUUAAUCUGCUGAUGCCUCCAUUAAUUCAGAAAUGGAAUGUGCUGAAAGAUGAAGAUAAAGAUCUAUUCCCUCUGUUAGAAUGUUUGUCUAGUGUGGCAACAGCUUUGCAGUCUGGAUUCCUUCCUUAUUGUGAACCAGUGUACAAGCGUUGUGUCUCUCUUGUGGAACAAACUUUGAAUCAGAAUUUUGCCAAUCUUACUCACCCUGACCAGUAUGAUCCACCUGACAAAGAUUUCAUGAUAGUUGCUUUGGAUCUUCUCAGUGGCUUGGCUGAGGGUUUGGAACACCACAUAGAAGGCUUAGUGGCAAACAGCAAUAUCCUCAAACUACUCUUUCAAUGCAUGCAGGAUCCAAUGCCUGAAGUACGUCAGAGUUCAUUUGCUUUAUUGGGUGAUUUGACCAAGGCCUGUUUUCAGCAUGUGAAGCCAUGCAUAGGUGAAUUCAUGCCAAUUCUUGGAGCGAAUUUGAAUCCAGAGUACAUAUCUGUGUGUAAUAAUGCCACUUGGGCUAUUGGGGAAAUCUCCAUCAAAAUGGGUCAUGAGAUGCAACCAUACAUUAGUUUAGUUGUGACACAUCUUAUAGAUAUCAUUAAUCGACCUAACACUCCAAAAACUCUGCUUGAAAACACAGCGAUAACAAUUGGUCGCCUUGGUUUAGUAUGUCCGCAAGAAGUCGCCCCUAUGUUACAACAGUUUAUCAGGCAGUGGUGUACUUCCCUCCGUAAUAUCAGAGACAAUGAAGAAAAAGAUUCUGCUUUCCGUGGCGUCUGCAAUAUGAUCAAUGUCAACCCAGGUGGUGUUGUGCAGGACUUUAUUUUCUUUUGUGAUGCUACAUGUUCUACAAGAUUCUUCAUGGAUUCAAGCAACAGGUUGGAGAUGAGAAUUGGGCCAAGUUCUCUGAUCAGUUUCCGCAGCCACUCAGAGAACGGCUUGCUGUUAAUUAUGGCGUUUGAUCAUCUGCUCAUCAAAGAUGGGAAGGGGUUCUAG